AUGCUGCCUCAGAAGAUGCCAGAUCCCGGAAGCUUCCUGAAUCCCUGUACUAUAGGGACUAUCACAUUUGAGAAGGCACUGUGCAACCUUGGCUCGAACAUCAACCUUAUACCUCUUUUUGUGAUGAGGAAGCUGGGAAUCCAAGAGGUGCAUCCUUCCAAGAUCCCAUUAGAGAUGGCAAAUAAGUCCCUGAAAUGGACAUAUGGACUAGUGGAGAACGUGCUUGUAAAGGUUGAAGACCUUUACCUCCCUGUGGACUUCAUGAUACUUGACACUAGAGAGGACAAGAAUGACUCCAUCAUUCUAGGAAGGCCCUUCCUAGCUACUGGAAAUGCAUUGAUAGAUGUUAAGAGAGGAGAGUUGGUUCUGAGAUUAUGGAAAGACCACAUAUUAUUUAAGAUCCCCAACCCUCACUUUCUCUCUUCUAAAGGAGGUACUACUGUACAACACAUAGUGUUUUAA